UCUCAAAAAUUUUCUCACUAUCUUGAGAUGUUUAAAGCUUUAUAUGAUAUAAUAAAUAACUCAGAUAUCUCUCAAAAAUCAUAUGUAAAAUUUCUUAAUAAUGAUCUUUCUCGAUAUAACUUUUCAUCUAUAAAAGACGCA